CAAUUGUUCAAUCGGCAUCGGCAUCAACGUUGUGCGAAACGAGAACCACGAAAGCUGGCUGCAAGCCCCUGCUUGUGAUAAGAAGUGCCAGUUUUACAGCGUCUAAAAUGUCCAAUAUGAGAAACAGAGUCAGCAUUCUGGACAAGCCGCUAAACAAGAGCAGAAGCGACGUCAGCAUCAGCGUGUUCGGCCUCUUGUUCUCCGAAAUCGUGCAGUACUGUCAGAACAGGGUCUACACCAUACCCGAGCUUCAGACGAAGCUGUCUGAGCUGGGAUUCCAUGUUGGCCAAAGGGUGUUGGACCUCCUCUUCGUGCGCGAGAAGAACUACAAGAGAGAGACGAAGCUCCUCAACAUCCUGCUGUUUGUCAAGUCGUCGGUUUGGAAGACUCUGUUUGGAAAGGAGGCCGACAAGCUCGAACAGGCCAACGACGACGACAAGACCUAUUACUUGAUUGAAAAGGAGCCACUGGUCACCAAGUUCAUUUCGGUUCCCAAGGACAGAGGUAGCCUCAACUGUGCAUCAUUUGUCGCCGGAAUCAUCGAAGCCAUCCUCAUUGGCUGCAACUUUCCAGCGAAGGUGACUGCCCACUGGUACAAAGGAACAACCUUCAUGAUUAAGUUCGAGGAAUCUGUCAUCGUGCGGGACAAAGCGAUGGAGAACCGAUGAAAGCCACAUUGAGUACCUAGUCCAUCCUGCCUCCCCCCCCCCCUCUUUUCGUGUACAGUCAUUGUACGGAACUUUGUUCCGUAUAUUCUUUUUCUUUUUAACUUACUGUUCUAUUGGAAUUAAAAGAGCAAAAAAAAAUUCAUACAAU